AUGGUCCUCAAGACCGUCUACGUCGUCGCCGCCAAGCGCACGCCCUUUGGCAGCUUUGGCGGCACACUGAAACACAUAACCGCCACGGACCUCUGUGCGCACGCGGCACGGGCGACGCUCGCCGCCGCGGCGCUCGACCCCGCGCUCGUGGACACGGUCCAAGUGGGCAACGUCGCGGCCACGUCCCCCGACGGCGCGUACAUUGCCCGGCACGUGCAGCUCAAGGCCGACGUGCCGCAGGACAAACCGGCGCUCACGGUCAACCGCCUGUGCGGCAGCGGGUUCCAGUCGGUGGUCGGCGGUCUGCACGAAGUGCUGCUGGGCCACGCGGAGAUUGCGCUCUGUGGCGGGGCCGAGAACAUGUCGCAGAGCCCCAUGGCCGUGUACGGCCACGACGCGCGCUUUGGCGUUUCGCUCGGCGCUGGACUCCACUUGCAGGACACGUUGUGGGCUGCGCUCACGGACUCGUACGUGCAGACGGCCAUGGGCAUGACGGCCGAGCACUUGGCCGCGCAGUACGGCAUUAGUCGCGAGGCCUGCGACGCAAUGGGGCUGCAGAGUCAGACGCGCUGGGCCCACGCGCACGCCAGCGGAUGGCUCGAGGCCGAAGUGGCGCCGCUCGAGGUCCAAGUGGGGCGCCGCACGGAGACGUUUGCGGUCGACGAGGCCCCGCGCGUUGUCGACAGGGCGAAGCUGGCGAAGCUCAAGCCCGUGUUCAAGCCGGACGGCGUCGUGACGGCAGGCAAUGCGUCGGGCAUUGCCGACGGCGCGGGCGCAGUGCUCUUGGCGAGCGAAGGGGCCGUGAAGCAGCACGGGCUCGAGCCGCUGGCGCGCGUCGUGAGCUACCAGGUGUCGGGCGUCGACCCAAAGAUCAUGGGCAUUGGGCCUGUGCCGGCGAUCACGGGCGCACUGAAGCGCGCGGGGCUCAACAAGUCGGAUAUUGACAUGUACGACAUUAACGAGGCCUUUGCAGCGCAAUGGCUCGCUUGCGUCAAGGAGCUCGAGCUCGAUCCUGAGAUUGUGAACCAAAGUGGCGGUGCGAUUGCGCUUGGCCACCCGCUGGGCGCGUCGGGCAGUCGUAUUACGGCGCAUCUCGUGCACGCACUGAAGCGGACGGGCAAGAGAUACGCAGUCGGAGCCGCGUGUAUUGGUGGGGGCCAAGGCAUUGCGCUCGUGCUUGAGAACGCGGCGUAA